CCUGCUCAUAUUUUGUUUUUCAGUUCUUGUUCCUCAUUUUAAUCAUUUUUGCUUUAAUUUUUGUAUUUUUUCCCCUUCUAUGGCCGCACUAUGAUCUACGACAACUCUUUUCUCUAGCUAGAACCUUUUUUCAUCGGCAUGGCUGACGAUAAGGAAAUGUCAGCCCCUGUUGUCGACAGCAACGUGCCGGUCACAGGUCACAUAAUUUCCACAACGAUUGGUGGCAAAAAUGGAGAACCUAAACAGACUAUCAGUUACAUGGCAGAGCGUGUUGUGGGAACAGGAUCGUUCGGGAUUGUUUUUCAGGCAAAAUGCUUGGAAACUGGAGAAACUGUGGCUAUAAAGAAGGUUUUGCAAGACAGAAGAUAUAAGAACCGUGAACUGCAAUUGAUGCGUGUGCUGAAUCACCCGAAUGUCAUUUCUUUGAAGCAUUGUUUCUUUUCCACGACUACCAAAAAUGAGCUUUUCCUUAACUUGGUUAUGGAAUAUGUACCAGAGAGUAUGUAUAGGGUUUUGAAACAUUACAGCAGUGCAAAUCAAAGAAUGCCACUUAUCUAUGUGAAACUUUAUUCGUAUCAGAUAUUCAGGGGACUUGCAUACCUCCAUAGCGUCAUUGGAGUUUGCCAUAGGGAUUUGAAGCCUCAAAACCUUUUGGUUGAUCCUCUGACUCACCAAGCUAAAAUUUGUGAUUUUGGAAGUGCAAAAGUGCUUGUCAAAGGUGAAGCUAACAUUUCAUACAUAUGUUCGCGUUUCUAUCGGGCUCCAGAACUUAUCUUUGGUGCCACUGAAUACACAACCUCAAUCGAUAUUUGGUCAGCCGGUUGUGUUCUUGCUGAACUUCUGCUGGGCCAGCCAUUGUUUCCCGGGGAGAAUGCUGUGGACCAGCUUGUCGAGAUUAUCAAGGUCCUAGGUACACCUACUAGGGAAGAAAUUCGCUGCAUGAAUCCCAAUUACACAGAUUUUAGGUUUCCUCAGAUUAAAGCACAUCCAUGGCAUAAGGUUUUCCAUAAAAGGAUGCCUCCUGAAGCAAUUGAUCUUGCUUCACGAUUGCUGCAAUACUCGCCAAGUCUUCGCUAUACAGCUUUGGAAGCAUGUGCACAUCCCUUCUUUGAUGAGCUUCGAGAACCAAAUGCUCGCCUGCCAAAUGGGCGGCCUUUACCGCCACUUUUCAACUUCAAACAGGAAUUAUCUGGGGCUUCACCGGAGCUUAUUAAUAAGUUGAUUCCGGAUCAUGUGAAACGGCAAAUAGGGCUACAGCAUUUCUUGCAUCCAACUGGGACAUAACUUUUUAAAGUGAUUUCAGAUUUGACGUCUCUAGUUGAUGCACGACACAAAAGAAAUACGAUCUUUGGAUGAUCACUGGUAGAUUUAAGGCCUAUCCAGCAUCAUUUUCUGUUUUCCCACUACACUUAUAGCCUCUGGCAGUGUGGUGG